AUGGGUACGACCGCAGUGUCACAGAUCGGGAUUACCUGGGAGCCCACGGUGAUCAUCCCCGUCGAGAUGACCUUGACUGGCGGAAUGAUCGCCGACCAUACGAUCGCGAUGAUGUACAUCGCGACCGUCCGCGUGCAUGCGCUCAGUACCGUGCACCUUAUGAUGCCCCUUACGAUCGGGACGACGAUCGAAGGCGCCACCUGA